GACAUAUAAAAGCAUCGUACGGCUGAGCAUUUCUUCUUAUUCACAAUCUUUUUGAUAUUUAAUCUUCUUAAUGCAAUAUCGACAAUAAGUAAUGGACAACGUGGAAAGUAAAACGGCGAUAGUCACAGGAGCCGGCGCCGGCAUUGGCUACCACAUUACCGAAGAUUUGUUGCGUAAAGGCGCAAAGAAAGUCGCCAUUCUUGAUUUGCCGGUAGAACGUUGUUACAACGCAACAGUAACAUUGCAAGAAAAAUUUGGAAAAGAACGUGUCAUCUUCUUUCCAAUUGAUGUAACAAACUUGGAAGCGUACAACGAAACCUUCAAACAAGUUAUUAAGGCUUUCAAUGGUCUUGACAUACUUGUUAACAAUGCUGGAAUAUGUAAUGACCGUUGUUUUGAGCAAACGUUUGCUGUUAAUGUCAUAGCAGUAAUUCGCGGUUCGCUAUUGGCCUUAGAUUAUAUGGGCAAACAUAAAGGUGGCAAAGGGGGUACCAUAGUAAAUGUAGCGUCUAUGGCUGGGUUGGGGCCUUUCUGUACAUGUCCGGUGUACUGUUCUUCUAAAUAUGCUGUCGUCGGAUUUGGCUCCAGUCUUGAGGUAAUUUAUAGGUAAUUAUUUACAAAAAGACCCCACUC